UCACGUGGGCGUGGCUUCGGCUAGAAGAAGGGAGGGACCACGGCCGCGAGCCUGACAGUUAACGCCACUCACACUUGGGGAAGCGCUAACGGGACAGCGGUGCAAGCCAAUCGCAGCCAGUUCUCUGGAGGCAGGGAGUCUGGGGUGGAGACUUCAGAGACUGCAGUUGCAGUUCUAAGAACAGAUGAAACUGGCUAUGGAUAAUUCAUAUGAUUUCAACCAGCGAACCUCAUGCAAUGGAAUUCCAUCUGAGAAGAAAAACAACUUACUUGUGUCAGAAGAUCAUGGCCAGAAAAUUUUAAGUGUACUACAGAAUUUUAGAGAACAAAAUAUCUUUUAUGAUUUCAAAAUAAUCAUGAAGGAUGAAAUAAUUCCUUGUCAUCGUUGUGUGUUAGCAGCAUGCAGUGACUUUUUCAGAUCACCCUAUAGGAAAUGCUCUAGUGAUGACACUGCAAGAAUCCACCAUGAUCCAGCAAGUUUCAGAUCCUACAAAUUUAAAGGUCAAACACAAGACCUAAUAAUGCUAUGGGCUAUGUUUGAAGUAAACAUGAAAGAAAGAGAUGACGGAAGUGUUACCAUUACUAACUUAUCCUCCAAAGCAGUGAAAGCAUUUCUUGAUUAUGCCUAUACUGGAAAAACAAAAAUAACGGAUGAUAAUGUGGAAAUGUUCUUCCAGUUGUCAUCAUUUCUUCAAGUUUCCUUCCUAUCCAAAGCUUGCAGUGACUUUUUAAUAAAAAGUAUUAAUCUUGUCAAUUGUUUACAGUUAUUAUCUAUAUCAGAUAGCUAUGGCUCUACUCGUCUGUUUAAUCAUGCAUUGUACUUUGUACAACAUCACUUUUCUUUAUUAUUUAAAUCCAGUGAUUUCUUAGAGAUGAAUUUUGGAGUACUGCAAAAAUGUCUGGAAUCAGAUGAAUUAAAUGUUCCUGAAGAAGAAACUGUACUGAAGAUUGUCCUUAGCUGGACUAAGCAUAACUUAGAAUCAAGGCAAAAACAUCUGCCUCAUUUGAUUAAAAAAGUAAGAUUACACCAGUUAUCUGAGGAGACACUUCAAGACUGUCUGCUCAAUGAAGAGUGUUUGCUCAAAAGCACAAACUGUUUUGACAUAAUCACGGAUGCAAUUAAGUGUGUGCAAGGUUCUAGUGGCCUUUUUCCUGAUGCUCGACCAUCCACAACUGAAAAAUACAUAUUCAUUCAUAAAACUGAGGAGAAUGGAGAAAAUCAAUAUACGUUUUGCUAUAAUAUUAAAACUGAUUCAUGGAAAAUACUGCCACAAUCACACCUGAUUGAUUUGCCAGGAUCUAGUCUGUCUAGUUAUGGAGAGAAAAUAUUCUUGACAGGUGGUUGCAAAGGGAAGUGUUGUAGAAAGGUUCGACUUCACAUUGCUGAGUCCUAUCAUGAUGCCACCGAUCAGACUUGGUGCUACUGUCCAGUCAAAAAUGAUUUCUUUUUGGUAUCAACUAUGAAAACACCAAGAACAAUGCAUACAUCAGUUAUGGCUCUCAAUAGAUUAUUUGUCAUAGGUGGAAAGACUAGAGGUUCUCAGGACAUUAAAAGUCUCUUAGAUGUUGAAUCUUAUAACCCUCUUUCCAAAGAAUGGAUAUCUGUUAGCCCAUUACCCAGAGGCAUAUACUAUCCAGAAGCAAGUGCAUGCCAAAAUGUGAUUUAUGUUCUUGGAUCAGAAGUAGAGAUUACAGAUGCAUUUAACCCAUCACUAGAUUGCUUCUUUAAAUAUAAUGCUAUAACUGAUCAGUGGUCUGAACUAGUAGCAGAGUUUGGGCAGUUUUUUCAUGCAACAUUAAUUAAAGCUGUCCCAGUAAACUGCACACUAUAUAUAUGUGACCUUUCCACCUAUAAGGUUUAUAGUUUUUGUCCAGAUACUUGUGUUUGGAAGGGUGAGGGGUCUUUUGAAUGUGCAGGCUUUAAUGCAGGUGCAAUUGGAAUUGAAGAUAAAAUUUAUAUAUUAGGCGGUGAUUAUGCACCAGAUGAAAUCACAGAUGAAGUGCAGGUCUACCACAGCAGCAGGUCUGAGUGGGAAGAAGUUUCACCAAUGCCAAGAGCCUUAACUGAAUUUUACUGCCAAGUGAUUCAGUUUAAUAAAUACAGGGAUCCGUGGUUUUCUAAUCAUUUCUAAUACUAGUAUGUUAGAAUGUGCUUAGUCAUUCUAAAAUUAUUCCAGUUCUAGUAACCUACAGUAAAUUUGUUUACCAUAGAAUUGGUAAAAAGGUCUUUACAGCUUAAUAAAGUGUUCCUGCUAUUAGAAAAUCACUAUGUAUGUUUAUUGUAUAUGAAUAAACAGUUCCCAGAAACUUUAAAAUAUGAAGUACAUUUUACCAAAAACUAUAUUGAAUUUAAUUUAGCCUUGGAGAAUCCAGAAUAUUUAGUGUUUCAAUGUCUAAGUAAAAGUCAUUCAUCAGCUUUCGACACUUUGCUUUUUAACAUACUUUAUCCAUGAAAGACUAAUAAAAACAAAUCAAUAUUUCACAUAUUCUGUAUAGAUGGGGGAAAUCUUGGAAUAAAAAUGUGUAUGCUCUAUAUUAUAUGAAGUGAAAAAUCAAUUAGAAAUAGGUGAGAAUCCUACCUUCUUACUACAGGGGAAGAGUUGCUGAAUUCAUUUCUUUUAUGAUCAUUACUUUAUCAUUUUGGGGUAAGAAAUUUUUCUAAAAUGCAAUAUAUGUAUUUCCUUAGUCUUCUAAACAGCACAGUAAAUGUAAUUUAGUUUUUUUUUAUGAUGCAACUCUUCAUUAAGAGCAUAAUGUACCAUGUUAUAAUGCCCUAAUGCCAGUGGCAUUUACUUAAUGUUUGUAAAAUUGCUGAUUCUAUUAGUUUUUACUAUCAGUUAGUUUCAAUUUCUAGCAGAAUUAUCUCCUAGUUUCUGGCUCAAGCUUAAUAAGUUAAUAUUCUAGAUUUAAUGAGUAGUUCUAAAUUAAACCCGGCCUGAGUUUUAUUGUUACAUAAGUAUAAACCAUUGAGUGUACUACAUUUUUGAAUUCUGGGAUGUAAACCUAAAGUACAUAUUCUGUUUCCUUGCCAGGUUCCAGUAUAAUUGAGGAUGUAGAAAAAUUUGACCUUUAGAUAGGUAGACCAUUAUCAGUAUAUUUCUUAAACUUUGUCCAAAUUGAGCUACAACAAAAAAUUUCUAGGAUUUAUAGUGCCACAUCAAUGUUCUAUGGUGAUAUAUCCCAAUUAUAAACAUCAUAUUAGUUCACUACUUCAGUUAAAUUACAGUGAGUUACCUUCUAAAUUAAAGAGAAAAUGACUGGGCUUUUAGUAUUGACAGUAUUCACACCUCGCAUUUGUUUAGAUGUUUAGCCUUUAACCCAAACAAUGAAAGAACAUGGAUUAUCCUUGUUCUCAGCUAGAUGAUCCUGCCUGGCAAGAGAGUAUGUUUCUUUAAUAAGUUUAAAAUAUGUAGAUGUUUUAAGACCCCUGAUUUAUAUCUCAGGUAAUACAUACGUGGUGGUUCUCUAGAACCAAAAUUAGCUUCCUAUAAUCCCUAACAAAUGUUAAUCUACAAUAAAUGUAUUUAUUCUUAAGUAUGUUCCUAAGUGGAAAUAUGAGGGGUCUUCACAAAGUUCAUGAAAAAUGCAUGUUAUUAAACGUCUAUGCAUGGGUUUCAAAAUGUUUUGCACCAAAGCAAAUUUACCUUUUAAUUCCAUUUUCCAUGAACUUUUGGAAGUACCCUCAUGCAUCUCCAUGAAGAUCCUUUUAUUUUACUAUAUAAUAUAUGCAAUCAUAAGUUUCAAUUUUUCAAAAUUAAAUAGAAUAUGAGAGUACAUUUUCAUGCAUUCCAAAUUCAGAGAUCAUAUCUAACCAAAUGACAGUAGCAUGAAGAUUAUUGUGUAGAAUUGAUGGACUUCCUAUACAAGCACAUGAGUUGACUCUGUCCUUCCCUCUGUGUGUUGUGUAUUUAAAAAGAAAGUUCUUUAGAGGCUCUUACGUGUGAAUAUUACUUUGGAGGCAAAUGAGAGAAUGAACAUAACACAGGGAGUGAUAUACAUGUGGAUUUACUGAACUGUUAAGUAUAUAUAGGAUAUAUUUAAAAUAAAUAUCAUUUUAAUCACUGGCUCUAGGAAUUGCUCAUCUGUUCCAAAAACAGAACUAAAGCAAACUCGAAUCCCUCCCUGAUACUGUUUCAUCUUGAUUUCCUCCAUUAUUCUCAUUGAUUAUUGAUUUAUGAUAGUAUUUCUAUAAAUGUCUAGCUAUCAAGGCCUGGGUGGCUCCUUCUGCAGCUGAUUAAAUAUAAAGCAGAGGUUUUCUGCCUUAGUUCCUACAAUUCCUGUACUUGCUACUUAAAGAUUUUCACAUAUUGUCAUUCCUUUACAUCUGCAUCUUUGUGUGCUUCACCUGUUACUACUACAAGAAAACAAUUCAGUCUAAUCAGAAAACCCCGAACUCUUCCCUUUUUUACUGUUUUUUGUUUGUUUGUUUGUUUGUUUUUAUUUCCUGUUACAGCAGCAGUCUGUGCUGGGCUUGGUUCCAUUAACUAAUCACUCUAAUUCUGCAUCUUUUUGUAAAGGUGGUACUUUCAUUUAAUCUGUCUGCCUUACUGAGAAAUAGUAUCAUCUUCAGAAUCCUCAAGGAACCCAACAACACAGACCAAAAGAGGCUAUCUCCUCUGAUCUUGCCCACUAUGUGGCUUCACUGUUUAAUCCCACCCAUCAUUCUGGUCUCACACGCCAUUCCGGAUUUCUGACUUGAAAAUCUCAGGGAUCCCUCAACUCCAUUCUCAGUGCCUCCAGAAGGAGCUCCUUUCCUGUCUGUAAGAUUAGGUAAGAGAAAAUCACCUCCUAGGCCUCUUAGUCUUUUUUUGUUGAAGUCUGUUUUCAUUUCAUUAAAUCCUUCAACCAAUGCUAUAAUGUAAGAAACAAAAUAAUUGUGUUCAUUAUUCAGAUUGCUGUCUUUCCUGUGGAAAAAUUGUUUAACAUUUCUAAGUCCAUUAUUAUCAUUUUUCUUCAUUACAUGUGGAUUAUGAAUGCAAAAAUAUUUUAAUAUUGUAAUGUCUUCUAAUAUUGAAAGUAGUUGUAUAUGGCAUUAGUAAAUAUAGAAAAUGAUUAAACUUAUGAAAUCAAUUCAAAGUUAAUGGACAUUCCUUGAGUGACCCAAAAACGAGUUAGAUUGUGAAGCACCUUUUGUUCAUCUAAAGCCUUUGAGACUGAGUAGUAUGAAGAAUAUAUGUGUAAUCAAAAUUAACUAUAUUCCCAUAAUACUCAGCUCUGGUAGUGCGUGAGAAAGAAAUCUUUAUCACAGCAAUAUUCAUUACAUGUUACCUUGAGAGUUAGAAUAUUAUUUGACAGUGACCAUAUACUGUAAUAUGAUUCCAUUUUCCCCAUAUACAAAGAUAAGCAAUUGACUUAAGUGUUCAGUGUUCAUGGCUUAAAGGCAUGCCUUUGAAAAUCAGAGUCAAGCACAGAAGGACAUAUCUGUUUACACUUUGGUAUUUGGAAGCAAUAAAUGCUUUAAUGAUUAAAUAUAUAAAUAUAUAUACAAUGCAUGUUACUUAAAAUCAUUUUUAGUGUUCUGGAAACUCAUGUGUAGAAUUAAAGUAUAAGUCUCAAAAAUUUCUUCUGAGGGACAGACAGCUCCAGAGGACAACCUAGAAACAAGGGCUGGAAUUUAUAGAAAGCAGAGUUUUAUUUAGUUUAAGAAACAACUUUACCACACUUUAUAAAGUCAUGCUUUAAAAUAAGAUGACUUAUCAAAGACUGGCAUGUGGCAGAGUAUUAUUAACAUAAUAAUUUCCCUCACUUGAUGCAAAACCAAAGAUUUUUACAUUCUAUUUACAAAGUUUAAUCUCAACCAUUUUCUGGUAUACUGCUAAUUGCUUCCUCCAACUUAUUUAGAAUUUUAGGCAUUCUAAGAAACUCAAUUUCAAUGAUUCUGAAUAUUCAGAAUUUCUAAACAGGACUUGAGUUUUGAAACUACAUAAUAGGAGCAUUUUCAUUCAAAGGAAUUUCUUUAUUCACUCAGGAAAAGUUUUAAAUGGUGCUGACAUUCCAAAUGAGCUGCUAAUUGGCCUUUUUCCUUCUGUUUGCCCUAAGUACAUGUUUGUUUUUUAGUAAAUAAAAUCCAAAAUAUCUAAAAUUUUGUCCUGAAUGAUUGUUCUUAUUCCCUUGCAAAUGUCAUUAUAUAGCCAAAUGUAUAGAUUUUAAUUAAGUAUUAUUUAAUUUGAAGAAUAUAUCUUCAAAGUUUAGGUGUGGUUUAUUUUGUUUGAAUUUCUGAGAGAGAGCCAGACAAAGAGCUUUUUGCUCUUCCAUUUGCUGUUUUGCUUCCCAAAUGCCUGGAAGCUGGGAACACAAUCCAGGUCUCCCAUAAGAGUGGCAGGAACCAAACUACUUGAGUGAUUCCGGCUACAUCCCAGGAUCUGUAUUAGCAGGAAGCUCGAGUUAGGAGCCAGAGGCAGGAAUCAAACCCAGGCAUUUUAUGUGGGAUGUGGGCUUCUUAGACUCUAGGCUAAAUGCCUUCCUUUAGAUGUAUUUACAAAUGACAUUUGAUGACACUAUGAUAUUUGACCAAAUUUAAUAUCAAAAUAGUUUAGUCACAAGAUGUUAUGCACUUAUCAAAAAUAAUUUCUAAAUCCUACACUCAUAUGCAAAUUCAAAAACAUUGGAAUCUAAUGCAGCUUCCAACCUAGUAUAGAAAGUCCCUCUAGAUUCUAAUACAUAAACUUGACAAAUGAUAUAUUUUUCUUUCUAUUUUGGCAAAAAAAUGGUUACUCUCUCCAUUUUUUGACAGUUCUAUGAGAAAGUUCUUUACAGUGAGGACAAUUCUGCCUCCCUGUAAUAACUUCCAGUCCUGGAUGCUAGGUUACUAUCUGUACAUGCCAGAUGUCUCAUUUUCCUUCAUGUUCAAAUGCUUCGCAUUUUAACAUCUUCCACAAGGGCUGGAGUUACACUCUUUCUCCUUGUACAGUUCCUUCACAGAAUUUCAGUUCUAUCAUUUUGGGGGGCAUUGAGCCUGAUCAGCAUUGCAAUCUGUAUCAUUUAUGACUCUUGCUUCAUUAUCCAUUCCCAGUGUACCUGGUAACUUAACCAGACAUCUCAUUCCACCACCUAGCACUCUAGCUUUCAUAAAUUCCACUCAGGGUAGAGUUCUCUGUGUCUUCCUCCUCUUCCCUCCCCUAUCAACAUAAUCAAACAUUAUUUUGCAUGUAAAAGCAUAAUUUUAAUAAGUUGUUCAUUGGGUAUGUUUUUCAGAAUUCUAUUUUUGUGCUCCAAAAAGUUACAGAAGAUAGAAAUAAACCUUGGUAGUAAAUGGGAGUGAAACCAGACAUGACCCCCUAAAAUUUAUACAAAAAUGUGGCCCUUUAAAAUCCCCCAGAAGUGCUAUCUGGGGUGCCACAUAUGCUACCGGAAUUUGGGGUGCCAUACGAUUUCACCAUAUGCUUAUUAAUAAAUCCCCAAUAUUAAUAAGCCUGAGAGGGUUGUUGCCUAAUAUUUAGAGAAGAAUUCUAAAUACCGGCACAGAUAAACAAGACAGCAUGAUACAUUUUAGGCUUUAUUUAGUGCGAGAGGUAUUUAGGAAAGUGAAGGCUUUAGUUCAGGUUGGAGAGAGGGGAAAGUCUGGAAACUAGGGUAGCAUCCAUACCACUCAGCAGGCCAAAGCCAUGUGCAGCAAGCACCUUGAGCUGCCAUCCGCCACUUAUCACCGGCAGCAAAGCAGAGAGCAGUUUAGGACGCUCCUUGCCUUUUUAUAUAUUUUCCACAGGGGAGUGGCUUGUGUGCAGGUGGGCGCUCAGGUAUGGUCAGGUAGAGCCUGAUGUCGCAUGGGGGCCUGGUGAGGGUAUCAGGUAGGAUGUGAGGUCACACAGGGGAGUGGCGAAGGUAUCAGGUAGGGCGUGAAGUCGCACAGGGGCGUGGCAAAGGCGUGGUCUUCCAGCUCACAAACCUGAUCAUUUUUAGCCUACUUCAGGAGGACAAUUUUCUCACAUAUCAAUAGACCAGACUAAUGGUAAUAAUAAACUAAAUUUAAAGAUUCAUCUGAAUCCAGUUGUUAAGAGUAUGAUAUUUUCAUUUUUUAAAAAGGGCCAUAGUUAAAUAACUCUAUGAGUCAGGCAGUUUUGUUCAUUUCACCAACUUUGACAACAUGCCUAAUCAUAAAGAUCUAAUGAGGGCAACAAGUUAUGUUAUUAGUCUCAAGGGUAAUAAGCUUGUUGAAAUGACUUAAAGUUUAGUCUUCUGUUAAUGAGUAUCACUUUCUAUGAAUAUUUCUUUACAUGUCUGUCUUCUUCAUUUAACAGAAAGUACAUAUGGUAAGGAUCUAUAUUCAUGAUUUCUAGAUGCAGCAAUUAUCACAGUGUCUGUCAUCUACUUAAGAUCCCAUAAACUGAUAUUCAGCUGAGCAAAUAUGUGAAGCAAAAGAUAGAUGUUAUAGUUGUAUUGUUAUUGAAUGGGUUUAAGUUUAAUACAUCUGUACUUUUGGCAAACUUUUCAUGUACAAAGGAAAUUAUUUUGUUAGAAUUUUAUAAUUUAGAAUGCUACCAUAUUGUAUGUUAGUUAUCUGUUAAAAUACAUGUUAAUUAUUUUUGCAAUAUUUUAUGUCUUGCUUAUAAUCAAAGAUUGAGAAAAUUGCUUUUGAUUGUUUAUACAACUAACUUCAGGGGGUUUAAUUUGGUAUAUGAAAAAGUUAAUCAGAAACAUUUUUGAGAGUGAAGUUGCAUUAUACAGUGUAUUGUCCACUUUUGGAGAGCAUGUACAGUAGAUUGGUUGCUUACUGAAAGUAAAAUUGUAGAUUUGAAAUAACUUAUUCAUCCAAUUUUUAAGUGCUUUAGAAUCAUUUAUUUUCAGAAGUUUAAUGAUAAUAUUUGUGGGGUUUUUUAAAGCAAUAAUGGAUACAAUUAUGACUGCAAGUUUCAUUAUUACACAUGCAGCCCUCAUUUCUCCUAUAAGAGUCUAAUUCCUUCAGUGAAGUUCUUCCCACCUGGAAGAGGGAGGAGAGGGCUCUAUGUCCUAUCAACAUAGGAAACUUAACUUCACUUCUCCAUUUAAGGAAUGUGGAUUUUUGCCAUAUGCUAUGAAAAGUCAAAUCAGCAUUUUUGCAGGUCCAUAGUAACCAAUUAACGUGUAGUAAAACAUUUCAAUCUGUAAAAUAAUUAAUUUAUUAAAAAUGUAUCAGAAAAAUAUAUAUUGUCUGUAUUUCUUGUUAUUAGAAAUAAAAGCAAUAGAGAGAGAUGGA